GACCCUUUUUCUCUCUCUAGAACAAAAUCAUUUUUGCUAUUUCCCUUCGCUCAACUUCUAUUGUCACUCCCCCCAUUUCGUGAAUACCUCUGCUCUGAUUUUGUAACGAAGAACGAACUUCUUGGAAAAGCGUUUGAUCGAAUUGGGACAAAGGAAAAAAUGGAUUCUCCUCCACUUCCGUCUUCGCAGUCUGCAUCAGCCUCUGCCGCGUCGCCGCCCCCCCCGGCGGAGGUGGAGGUGAAGCGUGAGGAACGAGAGAAGGAGAUGGUGCAUAGGACAAAAGUGAUACAAUUCUUGGGGCGAACGACGCCUAUCAUUCUCCAAAACGAUAAUGGCCCCUGCCCUCUUCUCGCUAUCUGUAAUGUUCUGUCCCUGAAGAACAGUUUGAAUCUGAGUCCAGAUAUUUCAGAGGUUUCACAGGAGAAAUUGCUCUCACUGGUUGCUGAACGGUUGAUCGAUACAAACAUUAAUAUUGAUAACAAAGAUGCUGGCUAUGUCGAAAAUCAGCAGCAGAAUAUUGCAGAUGCUAUUGAUUUACUUCCUAGACUUACAACUGGCAUUGAUGUGAAUAUAAAAUUUAGAAGGAUUGAUGAUUUUGAGUUCACUCCAGAGUGUGCAAUAUUUGAUUUAUUGGAUAUUCCUCUUUAUCAUGGAUGGAUUGUUGACCCGCAGGAUCAUGAAACAGCAGAUGCUAUUGGCUCAAAAUCAUAUAACACUCUCAUGGGGGAGCUAGUUUCAUUGGAAACACAAACUAUGGAGAGUGAACAGAAAAAUAAUUCCGAAGAGGACAGUGUAGAUUUUGUUGCUGCAACAACUGCAGCUCUUGGAGUACCUUCUCCAUGUCUUUCAAGGGGUCAGUCAUUUGACGAUUCACCCCCACAUAAAGCAAGAAAAGGGGACAUUGAAGAACAAGCAGAGCUGUUAAGAGUCCUCAAAUUAUCAGAAGCCGAAGGGUCUAAUUCAUUAUCAGAUGGUGUUGUUGGUGCUGUUAAUUUACAUGAAAGUGCAUAUGUUAAGGAUUCUGAACCCAUAACGCUUUUGGAAACAGCGGAAAAGAAUUUUUCUGAUGAAACUGUAAAGACUGGGACACUGAUAUCAGAUGAUAGCAGUGCUCUGAACAAUCACCAUGUAGAUCUAAAAUCUCCUGAGGUAUUUUUACAGGAAGCUAUCUCAAAGACCGACCAGCACAAGAGCUGUAUGCGACCUGCCUAUGAAGAAUCUAGAGAACUUGGUGAUACUGUAGUUGGUUCUGAUGUGGGAACUGAGAAUGGAAAAAUUCAAUCUGUAUCUUCUGGCCAAGAUCCUCCAUCUGCUUCUGAUAGACCUCGAGAUAAAUCAAGUGAUGAACAUGCUCUAAGUGAAAUCACAACCACCUCUGACCCAGAUGAAACUAAAAAUCAUCAUACUGAUUGUCAAGCAAGAGAUUCACCUAGCUUAUUGAAAGCUGCUGCAGAUUCAAAUUCAUCUGCUAGCCAAAUGCAUCAUAUUGAUGAACCUGAAGCCUUCUCUUCCAGUGUUGAUGGCAGUGAACCCAUUUAUGAAGGUGAAGAGUGCAUAUUGGACUCAGGAACCAUAGCUUAUGAAAGUCGCGAGCCUGUUUAUGAAGGCGAGGUGGUUCUCGCAGAGCAAGUGGACAACAGAGGUUGUAUGGACGUCGGUGCCCCAAAUAGCAAGGAAAGGAUAUCAACAAAACAAGGGGAAAUUAUCAGGAACUUUUUGAGGAACAGUGCUAGUCAAUUGACUAUAUAUGGCCUGUUUUGCUUACAAGAUAAAGUGAAGGAACGUGAGCUUUGUGUGUUUUUCAGGAAUAACCAUUUCAAUACGAUGUUUAAGUAUGAAGGUGAACUGUACAUUUUAGCAACAGAUCAAGGCUACAUUAAUCAGCCGGAUCUGGUGUGGGAAAAGCUAAAUGAGGUUAAUGGUGAUACUGUAUACAUGACGGGCAACUUUAAGGAAUUCAAGAUGGAAGACCAUUCCAGCAGCACGUGGGAUGAACAGAAUGUGAUGGCUAGUACUGCUGAUUAUUUAGCUAGCAUAGAUAGUGCUCAAGCAAAUUCAAGUCUCAAUUCUGACUUGCAAUUAGCGAUAGCUCUUCAACAGCAAGAAUUUGAGCAGCAGCAGCAGCAGCAGCAGCAGCAAGAGCAGCAGUCGCAGCGUGUUCUGCAGCAGCCAGCCGUUAGUGGGGGUUCAAGGCUGGUCACUGGCCCCCAGGUCUCACGCAGUAGUGGGAAGCACACAAGCUCAUCCAAGCAGGAAUCAAAAUCAAAGGAGAAGUGCAUUGUGAUGUGAUGAGUAUACAUGCAGGUUUCAGACCAGCAAGUUUUGUGAAUGUUGUUGUGAUUAUUUCUUGGUCCCAUUGCUGCUUGUGCCAGAUCAUGACUCCCAUAUAAUCUGUAACUCUAACUACACUCACUUUGUGCUGUAAAUAGAAACCAUAUUUUUCAGUUAUAUAAACUUGGAACUUUUACAACUGCAAUUUUCUCAUUUUUUGUCAUGACGGACAUCUAUACGCUUGU